AUGAAUCAGAUGGAUUUCCAAAUUCUACAAUGGUUCACUUGCAGGGAAUUCAGCCAUUGGAAAGUGAACAGCUUGGCUACAGAGAAGAGGGACGUUUUUAAGGCCCCCUUGCCACUGGCGCCAGAGUUUUUACGCAACCUGAGGCUACUGGGUCGAAGGCCAAGUCUGCAACAGAUCCACGAGAACUUGAUCAAAAAAUAUGGGACUCACUUUUUGGUGUCUGCUACUCUAGGAGGUAAGCAGCUACACAUACACUCUAGGCUAAGGGAUGUUGUUGCUCAUCGCAGUUUGUUCUCAAAAUAACUUCAGUUUAACGUCAUCUCCUCAGAUAUUGAUCAUGUUGACUGCCUCAAAACAAGCCAAAGGCUACACUGUGCUCAUGAUAUCACUGUUGACAGUGUCAUACUGGUAAUUUAUGUCAACAGAAACUUUAUUUUUACUAUUCAACAUAAAUUAACGUUAAAGCUAGAAUCCUUAGUUGCUACAUCCAUUUUUGAAUUUAUAAAGAGAUAUACCCAUUGUUAUUGAAGAAUAUAACUUAUAAAUGCCUAAUGAGCUUAGUUCAACUGUCAUUUAUAACCCAAAAUAUAAGCUUGUUUUACUCCAAUGUUUGUAAACAAAGUAAAUGUAAACAAACACUGUAUAGCCUCAAAACAUAUUAUGGAUGUUCCUGCAUUCAUAGCUCUGUCUAUGAAUUUGAGAGUGGUUACAUUUCUCCAGCCACAUCUUUUAGCUUUUUAGCGAAACAGGGUAGGGUAGAACGCUUUGUAAUUAUUUAUAUUAAGGAUUCUAGCUUCAAUACAUAUUGUCAGUCAUUCUCUGUUAGUAUGGACAGAAUCUACUUGGUGUUGAUUAGACAAUCCAUGAAAUUCCAAUAUUUAUAUUUUGAGAUGUGGAAUGCAUUACUGUGCCUAGCAUCUAAAUAAUCGAUUGAACAAACAGUCAUGGUCCUGGUCUCUAAACAUUUGCUGUGACAUCAACCAGAAUAUUAUGUCUGAUGAGAUGUAGGCACUAAUUAUGAUGUCACUUAAUGGUGGAUUGAUGAAGUGAAGUUACAGAGUUUAAAUGACAGGAGAGAUACAUGCAGUAGCAAAGCCAUAGUGAGCUCUCAUAAUCAACGGCUCAAAUCAAAAGGGAUGGGACCACACUGCAUGCUAAUGAGAUGAUCGCAAAUAGCAAUGCACACAUUCUUCUGCUGGGUGCUGAUGGUAUCUCAUAGCCUCAAGGUAGAUGAGAGCUAAGCACACUGUCUGGUCUAGCAGAAUCAUGUGAAUACUGUGGUGUUAUUUAGAAAAGUCUGGGGUUUCAUACAAGACAGAGAUAUACCUUUAUAAUCUGUCUGCAGUCUAUAAACUUUUGUCUGAAUUCCUCCGUUAAUUCCUCUCGUGGAGGAUAAUGUCACCCAUUACUCUCAACAAGUAUUAAAAAUGUAGUGUCAUUAUGAUUCAAGUGACCCAGUUGUUCUAGUUGUUCGUUAUUAUUAAGGACUAUGGGCAUCUUUGACUGAAGUUCCCUCUUGGAAAAAUAGUUAUUCUGUUCUUCUAUUCUAUCUUUCUACAGGAGAAGAAUCGUUGACAAUCUUCCUGGAUAAGCAGAAGCUCAGUAAGAAAUCGGAGGGACAGGGAAACAGCUCGGUGGUCUCCCUGGAAGUAUUGCAUCAGUUGGCUGCCUCUUAUUUCACAGACCGCGAGAGCACCUUGAGAAGACUUCACCACCUACAGAUAGCCACCUCUGCCAUAAAGGUAAAUCUACUGCUACUCUCAAGGACACUCAGUCAUUGAAGCAUCCCAUUUCUUUUUCUGAAUAUAUUUGAUUCGUUUGCUAGAGUAUAUCCAAUUUGUCAGUGGGUUAUACAUGGAAGUUGUAUUUGGCCGGUUAGUUUUCAUUUGAAUGUGAAAUGGAAUGAUGGUAGGCUACUGAGACCUUUGGCAUUGAGAAAUCGUUCCGUGUGUCUGUAAUACAAUGCUCAACUACAGUAAAGAAAGGAUGCAUGGGUAAUGUUUUGUUGCUUAGCAGCUAACUACUCAGCAUACAUUUGAGUUCUACACACACACUAAAAGGCAGUAUUCUCAUCUGCAUGCAUCGAGUACUGAUGUAUCAUGAUGACAGGAGGUGAGUGGGUGGACAGGGUUGGCUUUCAACAUUUAUUCAAAUAACGGCUGUAAGAUUUUCCAACUUUUCACCUCGGAUAAAAUAACUUAAUCUGAACAUUUCGGACUUGAUCGUGAUUUUAGAUAAGUGCUUGCCCAACAUGUUGUGCUGUGACUCUUAAAAAGCUUUUCAGAUGUUAUUUUACACCAAGCAGAAAGAGCUAUACAGCCUGUACUGUAGUGCAUUGCAACUGGUGAUUUUCCAUUUAGCCUAUUAGAUUCAAGUGGGGUAUUUUUUGCUUUUUAAUUAUCAGACUUUCCCUUAUUUAGACAACAUCCUGGUCAGCUAG